CAAAUACUUUUAGCUCGGUGAGCCGAGGGCGGCGUUAGCUAGUCGGUAAAUGGAAAGUGUUGCUGAUAUUUGUAGGAAAAGUGUAUGAUAAAAAUAGUCUUUUGAUAUGGGAACUCGAGACGAUGAAUACGACUACUUGUUUAAAGUGGUUCUAAUUGGAGACUCAGGUGUGGGGAAGAGUAACCUGCUGUCCCGAUUCACAAGAAAUGAGUUCAACUUGGAGAGCAAGAGCACCAUCGGGGUGGAGUUCGCCACCCGCAGCAUCCAGGUGGACGGAAAGACGAUCAAAGCUCAGAUCUGGGACACAGCGGGACAGGAGCGCUACAGAGCGAUCACCUCAGCAAAAGAACACUCUGUCAUUCAUUGAAACCUCAGCUUUGGACUCCACCAAUGUAGAAGAAGCUUUCAAGAACAUUCUUACAGAAAUCUACCGUAUGGUAUCUCAGAGGCAAAUAUUGGACAGAUCAGCACACGACGAUUCACCAGGCAACAACGUUGUGGAUAUCAGCGUCCCCCCAACGAUGGAUGGGCARAGAGGAAACAAACUCCCCUGCUGCCAGAGCCUGUGAUUCCCUGCUGUUUCUCCCAGUCCUUCCUGUCUUCACACCUGCUUUACUUCAACCGUCAUGUUCCCUUCUGUCAUCAAAAUUCUUACAUUUCACGUUUCCUUUUGCUGUUUUUCCUCCUCUUUGAUUUGUAAACACCCUGUGUGAAAUGGAUUUCUGCCUCUGGGUAACCAGGUGAACGGGUGUAAAGCUUUUCUGUGCGUGCUUACUUUUCCGGUUCAUCCAUACGCCUAUUUUCAGUAAGAAAGCUGCGCACGCUUUGAUCCAUGAGGUCCCAGAUGAUUGAUCCUGUUGACCCGCUGCUGGUGAGGGAUCAGCAGGCCGGCUUUAUAACGUGGAGCGUGAAAUGAAAAGUUUCUGAUUUUGUUUGUCUGGCUGUAAAAGAGGAUCUGAGCAGGAGGUUUGUAAUGGAGGAGUGAUGUGGAGUCUGCAGUUUCCAGUUUCUGCUUUGAGUCCUUUGCCCUUUCUAGCAUGAAAUUAGCAUCAACCAGGCUCCAGACUCGGUUGUGACUGACUGACUUAGAAUGGGCAAAUGURACGUUACUGUUUUAAUUUAAUUUAUUUUUAUUUGUAUGUCUUUAUUUUAGUGCACAAAAAUACCAAAGGAAACUGUUGCAAUCAAAAAGAAAAAAAUAAUAAUUAGGCAUUUUUUYAUUCAUGCCUCUUCCAUGCUGCUGAGUCCAAACUAAUUGAAAAAUGUUAAUUAUUAAARCAAUUAAUUGUUUGACUGAAAUCCGAUUAUCUGCUUCUUAUUUUAUGAGUUGAUUCAGAUCAAACUUAAAGGAAUAGUUUGAUUAUUUUUUAAGCAGGGUUAUGUAGAGAUGUUAGCAGUAGUCAGUAUCUUACCUGCAGUAAAUGCCCGUCUUGAAUUGGAGAAAUAACAACUUUGACAUAAAACAAUUCCCACAACAUAGCAGCAAAAACGAGCCCUGCUUUAAUGUUUAGAAAUCAUCAAUCAUCAUCAGCUACGUUCCCCCCCCCCCCAAAAGAUGGGAGGGUUUUUACUUGAAGCGGGUGUCGUGGAACCAGAGGGGUGUGGAGUGUAGCAUAGCAGUGCUUAGGUAAAGCGCUAGACAGAACGUGUUUCAGACGGUUCCCAUUCUAAAUCUCACAUCCAACCGGCCACACCGACUCCUUCAUCGGUACAUCACACCCUUGAGCCGUGAUUCAGGCUCGCUCUAGGCAGUUUUGCAUUGURAARCUCGGCUCGGCCUUAUUCUAUCCCYACCCUGUUUGUGUUUGCGUUGAGCGGAAAGCAACGCAAUGUGGGCAUGAUAAUCACAUGAAUAUUAUUUCGUUUUACUUGCAACACAACAAUAAUCGACUACACCAAACUCGAAGAAGUACCAAAUACUGAAGACUGCGAAGACGUUCAGAGAGGCGUUCUUUUAAGAUCACAAAGACCUGCUUUACUGUUUGUUCCACUCUAAGCUGAAACCUGUUACUGUUGUCUCUACAGAACCUCCCUUCAAACAUUUCAAACUAUGUCACAAUUUUUUCUAAAAUACAGUCAUUAUUACACCACUGUCCACUGAUUUCAAUUAAAUUAAUUCCCUCUUUAUUUUUAAUAUCUCAACAUUUUUAUUAUGAAGAAACCCUUUUCUGCUAAUUCCAAGGUUGGUCUUGUUACCUCCGCCAAGGUUGUCGGUCUGCACAAGAUUGCUCAAAAAGUUAUGAACGUAUUUUCAUAAAACUUUCAGGGCAUGCUGGGGUUGUGUCACAAAGAACAACUCACUCUUAUGUGCGUACCUUAUUUAUGUUUUGUUUUUCCUUUAACUGUUGUUGAUUUUAUGCAUUUCUAGAACAGGACUGGAUAAAAAUGUGUGUAGUUUGAAAACAUUUCAAAAUGGUUACAAUUUUAAGCAUUUUAUGCCGAACAUCAACUGUUUGCUAGUUAAGGGAUGGUAUGUAGRAACAAACACAAAAUGUCAGUUUUACCAGGUGGAUGAAAUGCCUUUAUUCAUGUACUCUGUUUUAAAACUUUGACAUGAUUUAUUCAAUACUUUGUGAUUGUUAACUUUUCUUUAGACUAUGUGCAUGUAAAAUUAGCUAAUGGCUUACUGUGCUAUUUUAGCAUCACUCAAACUAUUGAAAUAAAAAACUAUUGGAUUACAUG